UAGGAGGGAAGUACUGGUUGCCAGCGAUGACUCCAUGAUAACGGGUCGAUGAUGGAUUUGGACCGCAGGCGAUGGUGGGCUAUCGUCUUUAGAAAAAUUCCGGAGUAUCAGCAGUAGGCGGUGACAUUGUAUGAAAAGACAAUUCCUAAUAUCAUUAGUGCUAUCAAUUUUUUCUGUUUUUUUAAAAAUACUAGACUCUGGAGGCGAUAUACAUAAGUUGCAACGUUCCAACGUGCAGGUAGUUACGCGUACUAUUCAUUACGCUUCGAGUUGCUUGUUACCACUGCAAGAUCCCCUGUUACAUCACAUGAAGGCUAAGAAACGGGAAUGUGAACGGGCCUCCGGGGAAGUAAGAUGGUAAACGGCGUUGUGGUGAUAUCCUAGACUUUCCUAGUAAAAUUAAACUCCGAGUUGAUC